CUUAUUCACGGCAAGAGCUUUACAUAUUUUACACUUGUCACCUUAUGAAUUUUUGCUGAUCAAAUUGUUAUCCGAUUGGAUAUAACUGUUCCAGUUACACUUGGCCACGUAAAUGUGUUUCUGCAAAACGAAUAUAAAUAUGAUCUCAAACACACAUUUAAAAAGAGUGGCUCACUUUACCUGCAUUUACUCUAAAAAAAGUUCUGCACUCUUGUGGCCUUCAUGCCCAAUUGGGCCAAAUGCAGGAAAUACGUCAUAUACUCUAUAUAGACAAGUGCUCAAUUGCAAAGAGAACAGGGUGAGGUUAUUUUUUUUUUUUUUUUUUUUUUUUCUAAUAUUUCGAUUCCUGAAGCACAGACAGUGCAAAUGGAUUCACAAACUGUAAAGGAACUUUCUUGCCCUAUGUGUCUUGAAAUCUUUAAGGAUCCUCUUCAAUUAUCAUGCAAUCAUAAUGUCUGUAAAGAGUGUCUGCAACAGCUGUGGAGAACCAAGGAAACUCGGGAGUGUCCUGUCUGCGGGGGAACAUCCUCAAAAAAUCCUUCCUGUAAUCUUGUGUUAAAAAACUUGUGCAAGUCAUUCCUGAAGGAGAGAAAUAAGAGGCAUUCAGCAAGAUCUGAAGAGAUCUGCAGUUUACACGGUAAGAAACUCAAACUCGUCUGUCUGGAGGACAAACAGCCGGUGUGUUCAGUGUGCAGCCAGAAAUAUGCCAAUCAAACGUUCAGACCCAUCAGUGAAGUUGUCCCAUCAUAUAAGGAGGAGCUCAAUGCAGCACUGAAGUCCUUUCAAGAGAAACUUAAACAGAAAGAAAACCUUAAAAGAGAGUUUGAGAAAACAGUUCAACAUAUCAGGUCUCAAGCUGAAUACACAGAGAAUCAGAUUAAAGAGCGGUUUAAGAAGCUUCGUCAGUUUCUUAGAGAUGAAGAAACAUCUACAAUUAUUGCACUGAGGGAGGAAGAGGACCAGAAGAAGCAGAACAUGAAGGAAAAGCUGGAUGACAUGAACAGACAAAUCUCAGCUCUUUCACACACUAUCAGAGAUUUGGAGGAGACAAUGAAGGCUAAUGACAUCUGCUUUCUAAAGAAGUUUCCAGUCACGAUGGAAAGAGUCCAGAUCUCACAGCCAGAUCCACAGAUGCCUUCUGGAGUUUUAAUUUAUGUGCCCCGUUACUUGGGUAACCUGCCAUACAGAGUCUGGAAGAAAAUGCUGAACUCUGUCCAAAAGACUCCAGUGACUCUGGAUCCAAACACGGCUCAUCCACAUCUCAUCCUGUCUAAUGAUCUGACCAGUGUGAAAUACAUCUCGGACAAACAACAGCUUCCUGAUAAUCAAGAGAGAUUUGACAUCUGUGGUUGUGUUCUGGGUUCAGAGGGUUUUAACUCAGGAAUGCACUUCUGGGAAGUGGAGGUUGAAGAGAGUGAAUGCUGGAGUCUUGGAGUAACUACAGAAUUAAACAAAAGGAAGGACCUUGGUUUAUUUAUGGCUGAUGUCUGGUGUGUGCAGUAUGAUCCAUACAGACUGCUUGGGCCUGGUUUUCCUGUUAAACAGGAACUUAAGUGUGUGAGAGUUGAUCUGGACUAUGACGGAGGAACAGUAUCAUUCUCUGAUCCUGUAACUGACACACAUAUACACACAUUCACAACCACCUUCACUGACGUCAUCUUUCCAUUUUUCUGUAAUCUUGAUGAACAUAACUGUCUUCGAAUUUUACCAGUUAAACUGUAAAAGCAGAAAAUCAAUGAAGCAUAAUUUGGGUCAUAUGUAUAAAGCUGCUCAGAGUAAAAUAAUAUUCUAGAGGGUCUUGGAAUAUUGUAAUCUUAAGUUAUUCAGAGUUUAACAAGUGAUAUGAUACGGUCUAAUCAUUUAUUAAAUUUGAAUGAAUUGUUUUAAACUCUUUUACUGUGAAAAUCUAAAUGUUAAUAAAACCUUUCAAAUCAAUGAUGAAGAUAAUCAACCAUUCAUUUCUUUAUUAUUACUUGGAAUUCACUUUACAGUAGUCAAGUAAGUAAUCAUGUGCAUCCAGCAGCAUG